CCAGCCAACAUUCUUUUGGAUGAAGAUAUGGUGGCUCAUGUUGGUGAUUUUGGAAUCUCUAAGAUUUUAGCUGUCAGCAAGUCCGUGGCACAUACAGAGACAUUGGGCACUCUUGGAUACAUUGCACCAGAAUAUGGCUCAGAGGGAAUAGUGUCUGCUAGUGGUGAUGUUUAUAGCUACGGAAUCAUGUUGAUGGAGGUUUUGACCAAAAGAAGGCCAACAGAUGAAGAGAUAUGUAAUCAAAAUCUUGACCUGAGGAAAUGGAUAAUACAAUCAUUUUCAGGGAGUAUGACCGACGUCGUGGAUGCCAAUAUUUUUUCUGAGGAAGAACAAAUUACUUGUAAAAGUAAAAUGUGCAUAGCCUCCAUGAUAGAAUUGGCUUUAGACUGCACAAAGGAAAUGCCAGAAUCAAGAAUAACCAAUGAAGGAUGUAGUCAAGAGGCUUAACAAAAUCAAGAACGCAUUGUUGGAAAUGUAGAAGUUAGCAUCUGUUUCGGUGGUGUUCUUUCUGAUCUGCAAGUUAACAUGUUACUUUUUGUUUACCUAGUUUCUUUAGUCGUUCAUACUUCCUGGAGACA